AGACUUUUACUUUACCUAUUUCAAGAUUUUAAUCAUUUCAGCCCAAUAGGGUUUGUAUUUUCAUUCCCCCGUAUAUAAAUUAAAUCUUUAGGGUUCUUCGAUCACAACUCCUUCAAACUUUGCAGCCGCUCUAUCGACUCUAACGCACGGCAGCUUCUGAAAGAUGGAGUCACAGAUCAAGCACGCAGUAGUGGUGAAAGUUAUGGGAAGAACUGGAUCAAGAGGUCAGGUGACCCAAGUGAGAGUGAAGUUUCUUGAUGAUCAGAAUCGUUUUAUCAUGAGAAACGUCAAGGGACCCGUCAGAGAAGGUGAUGUUCUUACCUUGCUAGAGUCCGAGAGGGAGGCAAGAAGGUUGCGUUGAUUUUUUUUUUUGACUUAUUUUUCAUAUUCGUAAGCCCUCUUCGUUUUGAUUUCGAUGUAUUGUGAGACUCGGUUUUGAAAGUUGUUUGAGUGAAAUGAUUUGGUGAAUGUUAAGUGUUAUUCUAUUUGAAUUUAGAAGUAAACUUUUGAGUUUUGAUA